AGGCACAGUGCAUCGAAUAUUGUUCAGUUCGGUUGUGUUGUAAAAAUUAAUCACAACAAAUUAUUAAACAGUACAGGCAUAAUUCCACAGUUAAAUAGCUGGCGAAGCGGGUUUACGAAAGUCAAAAGAUUUUAUAUCUGGAUUUCUUCGCACAGUACGAUUACUUGUGUUUCAAAAACGCUGCUUUUUUGUUUGUUUUAUCGAUCUUUUCUGCUUACAUUGGAUUCCGACACUCAUUAUCAAAAUUCCAGUUUCCCGGGCAUGUAUUUGUCGAUAAGCGCCUGAUAAUAAGGCUUAAGUGCCUCAAUGUCCGGAAAGCGUUCGCAUUUGGUGUAAAGGUCAAACUUGUUGAAUUCUCUCACCCAUUUGAGCAUCUCCAUGUCUUCGGCGUUGCACAGGUGCAUGUAGUCCUCGCCGGUAUGCCAAGGAUAAAAAGAGUGAAAACGGAUCAUACUGAGGCCUUCCUUGGGCAGCGUAGACUUGUUGUGCACGAGAACUCGGUACAAGUACUCGUCAUGGCCCCAUGAGAGUUUAAUCUGCUCCAGACCACAGUUCGGCCGGUACAUUCCGUAUUUUGUGUUGUACUUUGGAUUGCACCCAUCCGGAUUAUGGUUGAACGUGUCCGAGCGGAAUACGAUUGAAUUGACGAAUUCACAACCAACCUGAAAAAGUGCGAAACAAUAAUUACGUGAUGAACACACCCGCAGGGCAAUGAAUAACUAAGCACGUACAAGUAAAGAUGCUCUUGAUAAAAAAUGAACAAUGAGCGCAAAAUGAUAAAAAAUUAAGUAACAGUGCGGAUAAAAAGUCAGUGCGAUCAUUUGGUUACACAAAUGUCGCUUUUGAUAAAAAUCUUUGAUUAUCUGCUAGCUAACAGAUAUUGCUUAGAGAAGUAAUUUUAUUGCUCUCUUUAGGAAAAUGCAUUGCGCGCCAAAUGGCCAGGCAAGUACUAGAACAGAGUAGUAGCAGUAAGCAAUACGAGCAAUCAAAGUGAAAAGAUAUGUAUACUGCUUUUCACUGAUUCUACUUUUCAUAGCAGCCGAAUAACUUGAAUCCUUAUGUAAACAAAUCACCACGACCAAAUCUAGUUUUAUGAGGGUGCCAAAAUUAAUACGCACAUUCAACCCGUAGGGAAUUAAAGCAAGCUAACUAGCUACAAUACACCUAGUAUUAGCUGCACUUUUUAGACUUGCAAUUAGCGAUACUACUACCUUUUCGUCAAAUCAUCUAUUUCAGAAUAAGGUUUUUGAAAUGAGGAUUGUUAUUUAAUAAUUCAGUUUCGUAAAUGUUGAGACGUUUGUUACUACUAACCACGAAAGUGUCGCCGGUAACGGCCCACUGCGGUUCACCCCAGACCGCCAUGACCUUGCCCAGGUCAUGGAUCAAGCCGGUGAGAUGAAACCAGUCGUGUUCCGGCCAUACUGUGCGAAUCUGUUCGGCUGUUUGGAAAGCAUGAGCGAUAUUGGGCAGAUUGAUAUCCGGAUCACUCUCAUCCACCAUGGCAUUCAACAAAUCCAGUGCCUCCAUAAUGGUCAUCUUGCAACGGUCGAAGCGACCCCAUUCCGCUAUCUUUCGCUCCACAAACUGCACGGUCUGAUGGGUGUGAAUGUCCAGGUAGGUUUUCUUUACCCGAUCGAAAUACUGGUUGGCGGCAGUGUAAUCGCGGAAUUGCUCGGUUGGCUUGGCUUCCGGGGUGAACUUCAGCUGAAGGUCACUGUGGAUGGGUUCCGGGCGGAAUUCGGAUGGGUCAUCGAGGAUUAUUUUGCCCAUUUCAAUGCAAAAUAUUAAGCAAGUUGCAGACGUCAACUUAUACGAUGUAAAGUGGUAAAACGAUUUGCAGUUAAAUGAUUUUUCAGACGGAACUGAGCGUGAAAGUACUUAUGGAGGCGAUGCUGCCGUUGCUGCCGUUAAUGAUGGAUCGACGAACAAUCGCCCGAUGUGUGCUAUCGUCGAACAAUCUGAAGGACUUGACCGUGAUAAAAAUUUGUUGGCAGAGCGUUUGCACGUAUUGGGAACUAUGGAAAUAACGAGCGAUCCCUUCAUCGAUCGAUCAGCUGGAUCUCAGAAAAGCCUACGAUACACAUGCACCUGAUAAAGGCAGGGAUACCGGCAUUCUCUCCCUUGUGCAUGUGUGGAGGAACAGUUAAUCCCGCUCUUCAGAUUCCACCGGCACGCGAUGUUCUCCGCGUCAGUGGAUUUGUGCGCUCGGACGGUAGUUCGGCUUGGUUGCAUGCAUGAUGCAGAACUCUUCGAAGGUUUUCUAAAUCUCAACCUUCGCCGCUAUCACCGGCAUCCACGACAACACGAUCAUGCCGCGCCAGGUGACAGAAAUGGAUUCGCUGAAUUUUGUGGUAUUUUUGGGCAGUUCGCGCGAAGGACGCAUGGCCACACGUGUCGGUAAAUAUAUUCGACGACUGCUGGAAGAACGAAAUCACAACAUCACUAUUAUCGAUCCUCUGGAUGUCGGUUUGGGCCAGGUGAUCUCGCCCUUAGCGUUCAUGCCCGAUCCCAGCGAAGCUCCAGCCAAUGUGUUAGAAAUCAAUAAGCAAAUACAAGAAGCGGAUGGAUUUAUCAUUAUUUCACCCGAGUACAAUGCCACUUUGCCGCCUGCCUUGUGCAGUAUGAUGGAUAAUAUUCCACCGGUAUCCUUCGCAUACCGCCCGUCAGCUAUUGUCACGUACUCUCUCGGGAAUUUUGGUGGGAUGCGCGCCGGGUCUCACCUGCGCCAGUUCUUGUCCGAUCUGACCACCAUAUCCUUGCCCCAUAUAUUCAUGAUUCCUAUGGUGGAGCAAGUUUUGAACGAAAACGGCGAAGUGUUGUCCAGACGCACCAGAAUGCAGAAAAUGUCCACGAUUUUAUUCAAUCAGCUGGAAUGGUACUCCCGUGCGCUCAAGAAUGAAAAGCUGGAGCUGGGAAUUCCAGCGCCAAGCGGAAUUGGCCUAUAAGCAACGAUAUCCAGCACCGCAAACCUUGUGUUUCAGACGUUUUUGUUAAUAUUACUCUCUGAUUUUGACAAAUUUUUGAUAACCCAGUUUGUGACUCGCUUUUUUUCUUCUUCAUUUGCACCAAUUUUUUUCCGAUUUACUGCCGUGUUAUAGCAUUAAUUUUGUUGACAGUACUUUUAAUUUGGUUGGAAGAAUUACAACUACACCGAUUUGCUCUUGAACGGCAUGUAUUUAUUUCUAUGCCGCGACCUUUCUGGUUGUCAAGUGUUCGUAUGUUUAUUUAAAAAUCCAUGGAAAGG